GAAGAGCGAGCUAGAGGAGGCGGGAGCAGCGAGGCUGCGUGCGCGCCGGCGCGCGGAGGGGGCGGGGUGAAGGGUCACGGCAGCGCGGCGGCGGGUCUUGGCUGGCUGGCGGGCAGGCGGGCUGGAGCGCUGCGAGCGGCCCCGUGUGCACAUGUGGAGGAGCGGCGGCAGCCCCAGCCCCAGGGCAGCGGCCUGAGACGCUCCUGAAGGCCGCGGCAGUCCCUAGCGAAUCGUGCCCGGCCUCCAACCCCGAGGCGGUGGCGGCGACGACGGCUGAGGAGGCGGAGGCCGGUGUGUGGAGUAGGGUCGCUCCCGGGCUCGGGGCGCGGCGGCGACGGCGGCGGGAUCGGCGGUAAAGACGGCCACGGCAGGCGGGGAAGAUGAAAGGCCGGAUCGAGCUGGGAGAUGUGACACCACACAAUAUUAAGCAGCUGAAGAGGUUAAACCAGGUCAUCUUUCCAGUCAGCUACAAUGACAAGUUCUACAAGGAUGUGCUGGAGGUUGGCGAACUAGCAAAACUUGCUUAUUUCAAUGAUAUUGCAGUGGGUGCAGUAUGCUGUAGAGUGGAUCAUUCACAGAAUCAGAAGAGACUUUACAUCAUGACACUAGGAUGUCUGGCACCUUACCGAAGGCUAGGAAUAGGAACUAAAAUGUUGAAUCAUGUCUUAAACAUCUGUGAAAAAGAUGGCACUUUUGACAACAUCUAUCUGCAUGUCCAGAUCAGCAAUGAGUCAGCAAUUGACUUCUACAGGAAAUUUGGCUUUGAGAUCAUUGAGACGAAGAAAAACUAUUACAAGAGGAUAGAGCCAGCGGAUGCUCAUGUGCUGCAGAAAAACCUCAAAGUUCCUUCUCUUGGCCAGAAUGCAGAUGUGCAAAAGACCGACAACUGAACAAAUUAGGAAUGAACUUUCUUGCACUUGCUUGUCGCCAAAUAAAAGAGAGGCCCUUUGAUUUCUCUCCCCUCCCCCUUUUAGAAGCUUUUUUUCCCCCCUUCCUUAACCAUAUUUCUCUUCCUGUCCUUUGUUCCCGUCCCUCCAAAAUUUUAAUACUUCUUCCAAGGACUGUAAAAUUAAUCAUGUUUGGGUUUUUUGUUUGUUCUUUUUAUUUUAUUUUAUUUUUUUUUUUUGUGAGGGUGGGGUGGGUAAAGGGUGGAAGAGGUAUCUUAUCUCUUUAGUUUUACAGUUGGAGGGGAUAGGUGGUCCUAAAAAAAUUGGAUGUCAUAAUUUCAGAUUUACUUUUGAGUGAUUUAUGUCCUGCUUUCACAUUGAAGGGCAGAUAUUAACAAAUUGUUUGUGUAUUCUCUUUUCUCCUCCACCCCCCAAAAAAUAGCAAUAUCUUGUCCUCUAAUUCACAGACAAGUUUUGUGUGUUUGUGGUGUUUGGGAUUAAAAAACAAUCUGUGGGAUACUUUAUCCCCUGAAACAUUGCCUUGCACUCCACCUUUCAACCCUUCUGAGAUAUUUCUCAGGAGUUUGGAGCAUUGUGACCCUGUAAGAAAUAUUAAGGUUGAUCCUUUUUUUUUUUUUUAAGCAAAAUUUUUCCUCCUGAUCCUUGAAAGGGGGGGUGAAAAGUGUUAUAUCCCUUUUGGUCUCAGUAUUUUUGAGUUAAGCUUCUCUGCUUUUGCUGAUGAGUGGACCGGUUGUCUUGCAGGCUUAUUUUACCUGCUGCUGAUUGUUAAUAGUGGUAUUAUUUUGGUGUAUGUGGGCUGGUAAGAUGUUAAUGAAAUCCUUACAUCCCAGCUAGUGCUGUUCCUUAAUUGAUCUGAAAGGUUUGGUGUGACUUACUUACUCCUGUUUUCUGCAAACACCUUGUCUGCUUUUGGAAUUCUUAACAAUGGUUAGUCCCAGCCUUGCAAGUAAGUGGACACCCUUAUAUAAGUCAAUCCUCCUAAAUUAAUCUGGAUGCAAGUACUUAGGUUUUUAAGGAGAUUGCUUAUCAUUUUAUUCAAAGCAUCUGAAGUGAGGCUUAGAUGGGCUUAUACAUGAUGAUUUGUGCAUUUGUCAGCUGGCUCCUUUCCCCCUUCCCCCCAUUCAGCUGAUGCAGACUCCUAAACCUGUGGCCACUGGAAUUUGAGGUACAGGGCAAAGAAUGUGUGCAAAUUAUUGUUCUGAGAAUUCUAUCACAGGGAUCCUAUGUUUCCCCAUAACCUACCAAGAAACAUCCCAAAUUUGCUUACACCAUGUGCCUGCCUUGUUUUUUUUACAGGACAUUAGGAACUGGAGGUGUUAAACAUGUUUCUACUCUUGAAAAUUAUUCUCCCAGAAGGUGUUAAAUAAUGCAAAUGUCACUGUGACUGCUUCUGCCCACUGAACUAGAUUUAUGCCAUAUCAUUUUAUGGUGUUGUAAAAAGAGGGAAUUGACUGGUUGACUAAUACGUAACUUCUGUUCUAACCAAGAUCUCUAGGAAAGAAGUCCUUAAAAGUUAGAAAUGCACAUGAUUUCAUGCUUCCCUCAUGAUCAUACCCCCUGCAUAUUUUAAUUUUAGAGUUGCCAAUGUUGAUGCCUAAUAAUGCAAAUGUUAUUUAGACUCUUGGAGAUAUAAUACAUAGGAUUUGAACUGUCUGUCCUUUGUUUUUAAGGAUGCAGUUGAAUUAUAUUUUUUGUCCUUUUAUGUAAAGUUUUUACACAUUUGAAGAUGUGACAAGAUUCUGCAGGUCGUUUGUCACACAUUUCAUAGCCAUUUUACUUUUCAAGAGAGACUGUAUGAAAUCAUAACUUUCUUCAUCUAGGAUCAUUUUGGGUGCCAUAAUAAAAUGCUACCAAAAAGGGAGGUCCUUAAUGAGUGUAGUGAUUCUAGCCAUUGACCACAUUGGAUAUCUACAAAUUGAUUCCUGAUCCACAGGCUGCAGCAACUUAAAGUGAAGCUGUGAAUAGAAGAAGAGGCCAUAAUUUUCAUAUCUACUUGAAAUUCAGAUUAUGGUUACUAAGAAAACAGAAUGUUUUGAGUUUUUGGAAAAAAAAUACAACAAAACAUUUAGAUGGGAGAAUUUCAGGUUUUUUGUAAGCUUCCAGAAUUUGGUAUAGGUUGUAAUGUGUAUAUGACUAAUCUGAGAUCACUUCCAAUUUCUAAAACCAUUUAUAAUUCACCACCAUUAUUCUUAAUGAAUUUGCCCCUAAAAGUGGGUAUUGAAAACCUGUAUCAAAGAGUAGCUAUCUCACUGUCAAUCACAAGUACAUAUCAUAUAAUGGGAGAAGAAAAAACCCAAUAUGCAUAAGUAAUCUCUUGUAGGGACACAUUGUGGUCCCCAUCCCCCAAACCCCUUCCUCAACAGAAAGUUUAAUCUGAAAGCUCUUAUAGAAAAUUUUGAGGGAAAGUAAUCUUUGUGGGACUGGUGUUGAUAGCAAAAUUGCCCACUGAGGAAGAGAUCAAAAAGAAAGUGAAGAAUGGUUCUUAUGUCUCAGUGAGGUCAGCAGGAAAGUGAAAUACAGUAUCCAGUAUAGAACAGCUAUCUGGGAAUGUACUAAGGUUUCAUUACUUCUUUGUUUUAGGAAAUGAGGAAUCUCAUUAAUUUUGGAAAACCACAAGAGAAAACAGUCAUUAGUGCUACUAUACCAGCUGAAAAUUUAGAUAGGACCCUAAUCAACAAAGUUUCCAGUGGGGGGAAGAGCAUGCAAAGAAAAUCUAUGCAAAUAACAUUUAUCCAGAUAAGAGGUUGUCUGUGGGGAAAGUUGUUCUCAAAAUUUUCCCAGCAUCUUGGUCACCAGUUGAUACAUAUGUUGUCCAUAAACAGAAAUACCAGGAAACUGUGCUGCAGGGCAGUGGGAAAGAAAAAGCUCCCUCAUUUUUGGGGAGGGAAUAACUUUUUAAAAAUACUUAAGUGGCUGAGUUUACUUGGUGCAGUUAAGGAUUAAAACCUGUCAAUUUUAACAUGACAUUGCUGUUACAUCUGAAAUAAACUUAAGUGAUGUUUUGUUCUGGUA